AUGAAAAGUAUCGAAAAGAUAUCGAAAAGUAUCGAAAAGAUAUCGAAAAGUAUCGAAAAGAUAUCGAAAAGUAUCGAAAAGAUAUCGAAAAGUAUCGAUAUAUCGAAAAGUAUCGAUAUAUCGAUUAGUAUCGAUAUAUCGAUAAAUAUCGAAAAGUACCGAAAAGAUAUCCAAAAGUACCGAAAAGAUAUCGAAAAGUACCGAAAAGGUAUCGUAAAGUACCGAAAAUAUAUCGAAAAGUAUCGAAAAGAUAUCGAAAAGUAUCGAAAAGAUAUCGAAAAGUAUCGAAAAGAUAUCGAAAAGUAUCUAUAUAUAAUGAAAAUAUCGAUAUAUAAUGAAAAGUAUCGAAAAGAUAUCGAUAAGUAUCGAAAAGAUAUCGAUAAGUAUCGAAAAGAUAUCGAUAAGAAUCGAAAAGAUAUCGAUAAGUAUCGAAAAGAUAUAGAUAAGUAUCGAAAAGGUAUCGAUAAGUAUCGAAAAGAUAUCGAAAAGUAUCUAUAUAUAUCGAAAAUAUCGAUAUAUAAGUACCGAAAAGAUAUCGAAAAGUACCGAAAAGAUAUCGAAAAGUACCGAAAAGAUAUCGAAAAGUAUCGAAAAGAUAUCGAAAAGUAUCGAAAAGAUAUCGAAAAGUAUCGAAAAGACAUCGAAAAGUAUCGAAAAGAUAUCGAAAAGAUAUCGAAAAGUAUCGAAAAGAUAUCGAAAAGUAUCGAAAAGAUAUCGAAAAGUAUCUAUAUAUAUCGAAAAGUAUCUAUAUAUAUCGAAAAGUAUCCAUAUAUAUCGAAAAUAUCGAUAUAUAAGUACCGAAAAGAUAUCGAAAAGUACCGAAAAGAUAUCGAAAAGUACCGAAAAGAUAUCGAAAAGUAUCGAAAAGAUAUCGAAAAGUAUCGAUAUAUAGAUAAGUAUCGAAAAGAUAUCGAAAAGUAUCGAUAUAUCGAUAAGUAUCGAUAUAUCGAAAAUAUCGAUAUAUCGAAAAAUAUCGAAAAGUACCGAAAAGAUAUCAAAAAGUACCGAAAAGAUAUCGAAAAGUACCGAAAAGAUAUCGAAAAGUACCGAAAAGAUUUCGAAAAGUACCGAAAAGAUAUCGAAAAGUACCGAAAAGAUAUCGAAAAGUACCGAAAAUAUAUCGAAAAGUACCGAAAAGAUAUCGAAAAGUACCGAAAAGAUAUCGAAAAGUACCGAAAAGAUAUCGAAAAGUACCGAAAAGAUAUCGAAAAGUACCGAAAAGAUAUCGAAAAGUACCGAAAAGAUAUCGACAAGUACCGAAAAGAUAUCGAAAAGUACCGAAAAGAUAUCGAAAAGUAUCGAAAAGAUAUCGAAAAGUAUCGUUAA